AUGGAUGACAGGUGCUACCCUGUGAUCUUCCCAAACUCACACAACUUCCGCCCCUUCACUUCUGAUUCUCUGGCUGCAAUUGAGAAACGGCUCAGCAUCCAAAAGGAGAAAAGGAAAUCCGGAGACAAGACCGGGCCUGAAUGUCCACCUCGACCUCAGCUGGAUCUAAAGGUUUCCAGGGAGUUGCCUAAGCUUUAUGGUGACAUUCCCCAUGACCUGAUAGGGAAGCCACUGGAAGACUUGGAUCCAUUCUACAGGAAUCAUAAGACAUUUAUGGUGUUGAACAAAAAGAGAACCAUCUACCGCUUUAGUGCCAAGCGUGCCUUGUUCAUUUUUGGGCCUUUCAAUUCCAUCAGAAGUCUAGCCAUUAGGAUUUCAGUCCAUUCGCUGUUCACCAUGUUCAUCAUCAGCACUGUGGUCAUCAACUGUGUGUUCAUGGUGAUCACUACGGAGAGCAACAGCACAGCCUCCAACAUUCCUGAAUAUGUCUUCACUGGAAUUUAUAUUUUUGAAGCUUCGAUAAAAAUAGUAGCAAGCGGGUUUAUUCUGGAUGAAUUUUCUUUCCUUCGAGAUUUAUGGAACUGGUUGGAUUCCUUUGUCAUUGGAGCAGCGAUCAUAUCCUUUUUUCCAAACAUCUCCCUCAAGCUGUUGCCCCUGCGUACCUUCCGAGUAUUCAGAGCUUUAAAAGCAAUUUCUGUGGUUUCAGGUCUGAAGGUCAUUGUGGGGGCCUUGCUGCGCUCUUUUAAGAAGCUUUUAAACGUGAUGCUCCUCAUCAUAUUUUUUCUCAGCAUCUUUGCCCUGGUAGGUCAGCAGCUCUUUAUGCGAAGCCUGAGCCUGAAAUGUGUCAGUGCUGAGUGCCAGAAUCGUGAUGCAUUUGAUGAGGAUUGCUUUGAAAGACAAGAAAAUUCUACAGAAUUCAGAAUGUGUGGCUUCUGGAUGCAGGAAGGUGCCUGUUCCAAACAAUAUACAUGCAACUUCACCAAAUUUAAUCCUGACUAUAAUUACACAAAUUUUGACAACUUCGGCUGGUCUUUUCUUGCCAUGUUCCGGCUUAUGACUCAGGAUUCCUGGGAGAGGCUCUAUCAGCAGGUUUUGCGCACCACUGGACCCUAUUCAGUCUUCUUCUUUGUGAUAACCAUCUUCCUGGGCUCCUUCUACCUGAUUAAUCUAACCCUGGCCGUUGUCACCAUGGCCUAUGAGGAACAGAACAGGAACGUGGCUGCAGAGACUGAGGCCAAGGAGAAGAUGUUUCAGGAAGCCCAGAAGCUGCUAAGGGAGGAAAAAGAGGCUUUGGUUGCCAUGGGAAUGGACAGAAGCUCACUUAAUUCCCUUGAGGUCUCAUCUUUCUCCCCAAAGAAGAGAAAGAUCUUUGGUACUAGGAAAAAGAAGUCCUUCGCAAGAGAAUCGAAAAAGUCAAGCAAGCAUCAGGCUCCAGGAUCAGAGUCUGACGAAGACCCUACUCCAAAGCCACAUCUCUUAGAGCAAACCAAGCGCCUGUCUCAGAAUCUGUCGAAGGACUAUUUUGAUGAACAUGGAGACCCACUCCAAAGGCAGAGAGCCCUGAGUGCUGUCAGCAUCAUCACUAUCACCAUGCAGGAACAGGAAAAAUCCCAGGAGCCUUGCCUCCCGUGUGGAGAAAACCUCGCAUCCAAAUACCUGGUGUGGAAUUGUUGUCCCCAGUGGCAACGCAUCAAGACCGUCCUGAAGGCCGUGAUGACCGACCCCUUCACUGAGCUGACCAUCACCAUCUGUAUCAUCAUCAACACCAUCUUCUUGGCCCUUGAACAUCAUGAGAUGGACACGAAUUUUAAAACCAUUUUGAAUAUAGGGAAUUUGGUUUUCACCGUCGUUUUUAUAGUGGAAAUGUGCCUAAAAAUCAUUGCACUUGAUCCCUACUACUACUUCCGCCAAUGCUGGAAUAUCUUCGACUGCGUGGUUGCUCUUCUGAGCCUUGUAGAUGUGCUGUAUGUACAGCAAAGCUUGCCAUUCAUGCGUUCCUUCAGAGUGAUCCGCGUGUUUAAGUUAGCCAAGUCCUGGCCAACAUUAAAUACCCUGAUUAAGAUAAUUGGGCACUCCAUAGGAGCCCUUGGAAAUUUGACGGUGGUCCUGGUCAUCGUGGUCUUCAUUUUCUCUGUGGUUGGCAUGCAGCUUUUUGGCUCUAAGUUCAGUUCUGAAAAGAAUAAAAAAUUAUGUAACACCGAAGAAGAGCUGUGUCGACGGCGCUGGCACAUGGGCGAUUUCUACCAUUCCUUCCUGGUGGUGUUCCGCAUCCUGUGUGGGGAGUGGAUUGAGAACAUGUGGGAGUGCAUGCAGGCAAUGGACUCAGAUGCACCGCUGUGUGUUUUCAUCUUUGUGCUUAUCAUGGUGAUAGGAAAUCUUGUGGUCCUCAACCUCUUCAUCGCCUUAUUGCUCAACUCCUUCAGCAGUGAGGAGAGACAUGGAAGCCUCGAUGGAGAGACCAGGAAAACCAAAGUCCAGUUAGCCCUGGAUCGGUUCAGCAAGAUUUUUGCGUAUGUCAUUUACGCUGUUCAGAAUUUCUGUGACAAGCGAUGCAGGAGGCAAAAUUUACCAAAGCUAAAGGAAGGGGAAGGAGGCCCUGCCACAGAGAGCAAAGACAUCAUUCCCCUGGUCUCAGGGAAGAAAGUGGGCCCAGAGACCCAGGAGACACGUGGUGCACCCUUCUCUGGACCAAGGACCCUGAGCAUUGGGCACGAUGGGACUUGGUUGGCCCCACUCGCAGAAGAAGAAGAUGCUGCGUCUCUUGGUGAAGAUAAUCCACAGGCUAUUCCACAGCAGGAUCCCAAGGCCUUAGGCUAUCUUCUACAUCAGGAGACCACGAAGCCCACCAGCCCUGGAAUUCAGAGUGUGGAAAUCGAUGUAUUCUCUGAAGAUAACUACUCAAUUUCACGGAAUAUCCAAAAGAAGCCUGACACUAACAGUGUCCUCUCUGAAUGUAGUACCAUUGAUCCCCAGGACACCUUUAGGUGGUUAACUGAAAUGACUCCCGCAAAGCAGCCAGAGAGAUGCUUGCCCAAAGGCCUGUGUUCCUACUUUCCAUGUUGUAGGGUGGACAAGAGAAAGUCUGCCUGGGUCCUUUGGUGGAACCUGCGGAAAACCUGCUAUCAAAUAGUGAAACACAGCUGGUUUGAGAGCUUUAUUAUCUUUGUGAUUCUGCUGAGCAGUGGGGCACUGGUAUUUGAAGAUGUUCAUCUUAAGGAACGGCCCAACAUUCAAAAGUUACUCAAUUGUACAGACAAUAUCUUCACGUUUAUUUUUAUCCUGGAGAUGGGUCUAAAAUGGGUGUCCUUUGGAUUCAGAAAGUAUUUCACCAGUGUCUGGUGCUGGCUCGAUUUCAUCAUUGUAAUCGUGUCUGUGAUCAGUCUAAUCAACGUGAAGAGCUUGAAGUCCUUCCGGACUCUGCGAGCGCUGAGGCCUCUGCGGGCACUGUCACAAUUUGAAGGAAUGAAGGUGGUGGUCAACGCUCUCAUCGGCGCCAUACCUGCCAUUCUGAAUGUCUUGCUUGUCUGCCUCAUUGUCUGGCUCAUAUUUUGUAUACUCGGAGUAACCUUUUUUUCGGGGAAAUUUGGCAAAUGCGUUAAUGAGACAGAUCCAAAUACACCUAUCAAUCAUACCAUCAUUACAAACAGAAGCCAAUGUGAGACUGGCAAUUUGUCCUGGGUCACCCCAGAAAUCAACUUUGACAACGUGGGGACAGCUUAUUUGGCUCUGCUGCAGGUGGCAACAUAUAAGGGCUGGAUGGAUAUUAUGUAUGCUGCUGUUGAUUCAAGAGGGGAAAACCAACAACCAGCGUUUGAAGCAAAUCCAGCUGUGUACUUCUACUUCGUAGUUUUUAUCGUUUUAGGCUCGUUCUUCACCCUGAACCUCUUUAUCGGUGUUAUUAUUGACAACUUCAACCAACAGCAGAAAAAGAUAAGUGGUCAAGACAUUUUUAUGACAGAAGAGCAGAAGAAAUAUUAUAAUGCCAUGAAAAAAUUAGGAACCAAAAAGCCUCAAAAACCCAUUCCGAGACCUCUGAACAAAUGCCAAGGUGUUGUGUUCGACUUAGUCACAAGCCAAGUGUUUGAUAUCAUCAUCGUCAUUCUCAUUAUGCUAAACAUGGUUAGCAUGAUGGUGGAGACAGCUGACCAGACCGAUUCUAUGGCAUCCAUCCUGGAGUAUCUCAAUGUAGCCUUUGUGGUCAUUUUCACAGUAGAAUGUCUCAUCAAAAUCUUUGCCUUGAGACAAUACUACUUCACCAGUGGCUGGAAUUUAUUUGAUUGUGUGGUCGUGGUUCUGUCCAUUGUUAGUGCCAUGAUUUCUGGUUUGGAGAAACAGAAACACAUCCCUUUCCCCCCGACGCUCUUCAGAGUCAUCCGCUUGGUCCGGAUUGGCCGCAUCCUGAGACUGGUACGGGCGGCUCGUGGAAUCAGGACUCUCCUUUUCGCGUUGAUGAUGUCACUCCCUUCUCUUUUCAACAUCGGCCUGCUCCUUUUCUUGGUCAUGUUCAUCUAUGCUAUAUUAGGCAUGAAUUUCUUUUCUGAAGUGAGCCCACAGUCUGGAAUCGAUGACAUACUGAAUUUCAAGACUUUCGUCAAAAGCAUGCUGUGUCUUUUCCAGAUAACUACAUCAGCAGGUUGGGACUCUUUGCUCAGCCCCAUGCUGAAAAGGGAAAACUCCGCAAAGAACCGCCACCUUCCGGCAAUAGCCAUCUCCUACUUUGUCAGUUACAUCAUCAUUUCCUUUCUCAUUGUUGUCAACAUGUAUAUUGCUGUGAUCUUGGAGAACUUUAACACAGCCACUGAAGAAAGUGAGGAACCCUUGGGUGAUGAUGACUUUGAAAUAUUCUAUGAAGUGUGGGAAAAGUUUGACCCAGAGGCAACACAGUUUAUUGAAUAUUCUGCACUUUCUGAUUUUGCUGAUGCCCUUCCAGAGCCUUUGCGGGUGGCAAAGCCAAACAAAUUUCAGUUCUUAGUAAUGGACCUGCCCAUGGUGAGUGGAGAUCGUUUGCACUGCAUGGAUAUUCUUUUUGCUUUCACCACGAGGGUCCUCGGUGACUCCAGUUAUCUGGACAGCAUGAAAGUCAUGAUGGAAGAGAAGUUCAUGGAAGCAAAUCCUUUCAAGAAGUUAUAUGAGCCAAUAAUCACCACCACCAAGAGGAAGGAAGAGGAGAGAGGUGCUGCCAUUAUUCAAAAGGCCUUUCGAAAGUACAUGACCAAGAUGACAAAAGGUACCUCGGAAGACAGACCUCCUCCACCACUCCAAAUGCUGUGCAAUGGAGAAUUGCCCAGUGUUGAGGUAGCUAAAGGCAAGGCCCACUAUGACUGA